AUGAAUUGCUUACUAUGGAAUUGUCGGGGGCUUGGGAACCCUUCGACAAUUCGUCAGUUGGCUUGGAUGACCAAGCAAAAGCGCCCAGACGUGGUUUUUCUGAUGGAGACAAAACUUGCUACUAAUGAAUGGUCGAAUGUUUUGUUACAGAUUGGUUUUGAUAAUUUGGCAGUUGUGGAUUGUGAUUUGUCGGAUGGUGGUCGUCGGGGGGGUCUUGCUUUGAUUUGGGCAGAUGAUAUUAUACUUACUGUUCACUCCUCCUCUUCUCAUCAUAUCCAUGCUUCUAUUGAAGAUCCUUGUCAUCUUCAGUGGGACUUUUGUGGUGUUUAUGGAUGGUCUAAUACGGACGACCAUCACUUCACUUGGGAGCUUAUGAGAAACCUUAAAUGUCAGAUAGCGGGGAGAUGGUUAUGCGGUGGAGACUUCAACGAAACUAUGUACCAUUUCGAGAAGAUUGGAGGGCAGCCCAAGUCUGACUCUAGACUCGUCUCGUUCAGGGAGACAGUAGAGGAUUGCGGCCUUAAUGAUCUUGGCUUUUCUGGUGACCCCUUCACCUGGACUAACAAUCAAAAUGGGGAUUCUCGUAUUAUGGAGCAUUUGGACAGGUGCUUUGGCAGUGAAGAAUGGAUGUUGGCCUUCCCGGGUUAUGAAGUUACACAUUUGGGGCGGAAAUCAAGUGAUCACUGCCCGAUUUUUCUUGCUCUUGAUAAAUCGGAUGAAGAGGCUCAGCAGAGACCACGGCCAUUUCGUUUUGAGGCAAUGUGGUUGAUGUGGAAACAAAGAUCUCGGGCGGACUGGAUGGCAGAAGGGGAUCGAAAUACAGGUUUUUUCCACAGAGUGGCCGAGGGACGGAAAAAGAGAAACCAUAUUAAGGAGAUCAGACGGGAGGAUGGUAGGAUGGUGAGAAAACAUGAUGAGAUGGAUGAUGUCUUUAGGAACCACUUCCAGUCGCUCUUCAAGGCCAGUACGACUCAUAACCCUGCGGAUGUCCUCCGUUCCAUUGAAACAGUUGUGACUGAGGACAUGAACAAGAUUCUCACUGUGCCCUACUCUCAAGACGAGAUCGUGUAUUCUCUUAAGCAAAUGCAUCCCUUUAAGGCUCCCGGGUCGGACGGUAUGCCUACUAUUUUCUAUUCUGCUUGUUGGUCGUCUGCCAAGUAUGAUAUUAUUCCUCUGCUUUUGAGUAUUCUUAAUGAUGGGGAUUGCCCUAGGUCUUUAAAUUCCACUUUCAUUUAUCUUAUCCCAAAAAAAAGAAAGUGUUAUAUUCCUACUGAUUAUAGACCGAUUAGCUUGUGUAAUGUUGUCUAUAAGUUGAUUUCUAAAGUCAUCACUGAUCGUCUGAAACUUGUUCUUCCUUCUAUUAUUCAUGAGAGUCAAUCAGCGUUUGUUCCUGGUCGUCAUAUUACGGAUAAUGCUCUCUUAGCUUUUGAGAUUUUCCAUAUGAUGAGAAUUAAUAAGGCUAAGAAGCAUGGGAUUUUCACUUUCAAACUUGAUAUGGCUAAAGCUUAUGAUAGAGUUGAGUGGGGUUUUUUGGAGUCUAUGUUACUGCAGCUUGGUUUUCAUGUUUCUGUGGUGGAUCUUAUUAUGCGAUGUGUGUCUUCUGUGUUUUUUCGGGUUCUUGUUAAUGGUUUCCCUGGAGAUAUGUUUGUCCCGGGCAGGGGGCUUCGCCAAGGCGACCCUCUGUCGCCUUUUCUCUUUCUUUUUUGUGCAGAAGCUCUCUCUGGUCUUCUACGAAAAGCUGAGUCUCAAAACUUGAUCCAUGGGGCUCGCCUCUGCCGCUCUGCCCCCAGGAUUAGUCACUUACUAUUUGCGGAUGAUUGCAUUAUUUUUGGGAGAGCAAACGUGAAUGAAGUUGGGAUUAUUCGACAUACUCUGGAAUUGUAUGAGGGAGUUUCUGGGCAGAAGGUGAAUCUAGACAAGUCGUCAAUUUCUUUCAGUGGUGGCGUUGUGGAGGAGGUGAAAAAUGAGAUGGCUGGUUUGCUUGGAGUUUCUCAUCAAGACCAACAGGGUGUGUAUCUUGGUAUUCCUAGCACCAUUGGUAGAUCGAAAAAUGAGAUUUUCCAGAUGCUCGUUGAUCGCACAAGGAAAAAGUCUAAAGAUUGGAAGAGGCGGUUUUUGUCGGGAGCAGGGAAAAUGGUUCUAAUCAAAGCUGAGGAACGUCGGAUCCACUGGAAAAGCUGGAAGAAUCUGUGCAAGCCUAAAUAUGAGGGUGGUCUGGGGUUUUGGGAUUUAUGUCGGUUCAACCAAGCUUUAUUGGCUAAGCAGGUUUGGCGUAUUAUCCAAAACGAGUCUUCUUUACUAACUCACUCUCUAAAAGCUAGAUAUUUCCCAAGAACGAAUAUCUUACUCGCAGGUAAAGCCCAUAAUCCUUCUUUUGCUUGGACUAGCUUACUUGUUGGAAGAGAUCUGUUAGAAAAUGGAAUAGCUUGGAGAUUGGGUGAUGGUGCUCGGAUUAGGGUGGGAAAGGAUGUUUGGCUGCCGGAUGGUAGAGGUUUUUAUCGGACUGCCCAGGUUCCGUUGGGGAGAGAGGAUACUCGGGUUCAGGAGAUGCUAGAUGCGAAUGCUUAUGAAUGGGACAUGCUGAAAGUCAAUAAUCUUUUGCAGGAUAGGGAUGCUUGGAAGAUGACUGUCCAAAUGAACAUUGAUACUGAAAGGAGAGAUAUGGUGUUUUGGCCUUAUGAUAAGAGCAACAUAUAUACGAUCAAGUCAGGGUACUUCUUGGAGGAUGCUAUUAAUAAACAAAAGGAAGCCUCUUCAUCUUCUUCUCCUGAUAGGUCUCUAUGGAAGUGGAUUUGGGGAUUGGAUGUUAUCCCAAAAGUGAAACUCUUCCUCUGGCGCUGCAUUACUAGUGCCCUGCCAACUGCCGAGGGGUUGCGUCGUCGCUCGAUUGAUGUGGAUCCUCUUUGUCGUAGGUGCGGGGAAGUUGCCGAGACAGAUGAGCAUGCUUUUAGAGACUGUAAAUGGGUAGCUUUCCUCUGGGAAGUGUUGUCUUUUCGCCUUGUUACGACGACAACGACUAAUCUCUCUUCUAUUCCUCAAUGGGUUAAUGAGUUUAGAGAACAUAAUUCUAGAGAGGGCCAUAAUAUCUUCGCUACAAUUUUGUGGUCUAUUUGGUACUCUAGAAACCAGCUUGUCUUCAAUGGAAAGAAUAUUGAGCAUGUUGAUUGCUUAAGGAUCACCUCACGCGCUGUUUGGACCAGUCCAGUGAGCUCGCAAACAACAAGGAUGUUGCCUUCGGCGAGUGCGUGCAGCAGAGCUGGACAAGUGAAGCUCUGGUGUGAUGCAGCAGUUAAGGAGCAGGAGGGGUUGGGGUUUGGAGUGAUUAUGCAGGAUACAGAAGGUGGCCUGGUGGGAAGUAGAUUUGGCUUCAUCCCGGGAGUUUUCACGGCGAUUGAAGCAGAAGCCAUGGCAGUCCAGGAGGGUAUCCGUUUUUGUGAAGAACGGUUGAUACAAGAUGCAAUCUUGGUAAUGGAUUGUCAACCUUUGUAUUGGAAGUUGUUGAAGAAAGUGCAAGAUAAUUCAUACUUGGGCCAAACGUUGAGUGAGAUCCACAGAAAGGCCGCUGCUCUCUACCAUCUUGAGUUCGGUUGGACACCCAGAGAAGGAAACGACAAUGUCGAUAGAUUAGCUAAGUUUGCUAUUUUUCAUCGUUCUGAACCCCAGUCUGAUGAGGGUUGCCCUGUGUUAUUAAACUCUUCCUCGGUUUAA